UUACUACUCCGUUUCCAAUGAGCGUCUGGUGUUGAUCCUGCUCGGAAGAUGGCGAGAGAUCAGGGAGAGAAGCACGGAGACCCCAUGUCCGUCCUCUGACUCCCCGGCGACCCAGCCAUGGAGGAGGAGGAGGAUGAGGAGUUCCAACAGUAACUCACUUCGCAAGUCCGAGAUGAAGAAACAUAAGCACAAAUUCCGCAAUAAGCCAGAAAGCAAUAGAAGGACGGGUGUGAAGUGCGUGUGUGGGUGUGUGGUUGCAGUGGUGUGUAUCGUGCUGUGCGUGGGGGUAGGGGUAGACGCGAAAGCGGCCGGGACUGGCGGCGAAGUGUACGGGGAUCCGGCUCCAGGAAGGUCGCCUGGGCCACCCAAAAUAUUGUUCAAAGCAAAACGUUACAUUUGGGAAGAUAGUAGAUUGUCGCCCCUCACCAGUGAUAGUUCGUCGGUCACCGAUGGUACCUUUACUUCCAAGCACACCCAAUCGUCUGGGGUGCUCGAGAGAUCGUCCGGGUCACCCAGAAGGGUUCCCGUCUCGAGUGGUAAAUCCUAUCUGCCCGGACGGUUGUCCGCACCACCCGGACGGACGAGGGUCGAACGCUCCAUCAGUGAAACAUUCCCCCAAGUGCUCCUUGACACUGCCCCUGUGGAAGCUCCAUGGUGUGAAGACUACUCUGAGACCCUGAGGUUCACCCCGGGCUCACCCAAUGAUAUCGUGCUCAACCUCACCCAUCCACUCUUCGACACUGAGGUCGGGAUCGUUCCUGGAACUACUUACAAUGUGGUGCUGAUGGUGGCUCAGCAAGUGAGGGACUUCUCGUUGGUCUCUCUGGCGGGGGGUGGCAGCACGCGGGAAGAGUUCAACAGAGAAGACUGCCUGAGGCCACUGGCUCACCGGCCUGAGGCCAGCUCAUUGUCGCUCAACUUUACCCUCCCCCACGCUCAGCAUAGACGUCCCAACAAUGCCACAUUCAGGAUCCGAUACAGACUGGACGAGAUGAAAGUUUUUGAAUCUUACUUUCACAUUCCUAUUUUGACAGACUGCAAAUUUCGGCUGAAAACAAAGGAGGGAAACUUGUCAUCGUCGAUGUUACCCGACGUGUUCCGAAGUGUGCCGAACUGCUCGGUAGAGUUCCCGAGGAUGGGGGGACACUCCGACAGCGAAGGUCUAGGUCUGGUGGUGUCUCUGACCCGACUCAACGUCCACUGUGCCUUGGGCCGCUUGCGGAUCUCCCCGGCAGGCCCGGGGGAGAGAGUCCUCUGCGGCAAACUCGAGGAGAUCUCCACUUCGGGUCGAGAAAUGUACUUCCGCUUCGAUGCCACUCCAGUCCGGAUGUAUGUGGUCGGCACUCCCGUCUUCUCCAUCAGCUACCACCUCGUGGACUACUGUUUCAACGUCACCUACACACACAGGAACCACUCCUUCGACGUGAACCCGUCCUCCGGUCUUUUGUGCAACUAUAGGAUUCUCCUACCCUAUGGAAACAGGGUUUCUUUAAAUAUACGUAUCGGGAAGAUGGGUUUCGACCCCGUGUCGGAGAGACAGGCAGCGGAACGGCUGAGUGUCACGACGCUACAACCUGACGAUCCCGACCCUCCGUGUUCCGGCUUCCUCAUCCGCCUCUGGGACGGCCCGACCUCCUGGACUCACUGUGCCGUCGAGGGCGACCCCGUGCGCGAGCUCCACGUCAUUUCCCGGGAAAACCGCGUCGGUCUUCGCGUCACCUCCAGACCUCUGAAGGACCCCGAAAGUUCCCUGAAGUUGAGCUACGACUCAAUACGCGUGCCGGAGAUCGUGCAACAGUGUGAGUGGGGGUGGGUGGCCGUCAAGCAGUUCUGUGUCCAGGUGGUGGAGGAUCACCGGGUGUCCUGGCAGGAGGCCGAGCAGGAGUGUGUCAGGAGGGCAGGACACCUAGUCAGCAUCAGGAGUGAGCAGGCACAGACCAUCAUCGACAACUUGCUACUCUACAGUCCCGGAUAUUCGGAACAAAACGCCUACUGGGUAGGUGCCACAGACUCCGGUUUGGAGGGAGACUUCCGGUGGGUGGAUACUCUACCCUUCAGUUAUACAAAUUGGUUCCCGGGUUGGAGUCAGCACAACCACGUGCUGCGUCAGCCCAACGAUGACUACCUCAGCGAGGAGGACUGUGUGGAGCUCAGGAGACUGUACCACCACCCCGGCAUCGCUUCCACUGCUGAGCGUCUCACGGAAUCCUUCAUGUGGAACGACCGAGACUGCAACACUCGCAACUACUUUGUCUGCGAGAAGCUGCAGAAGGGAGCAGAACCUCUGGAGGAGUUGAAGACCGUCUGUAACCGCACGGUGACACUGACAGCAGAACAGCCUCGAGCCUCCGUCACUAGCCCAGGGUUCCCCCGCACCUAUCCAGACAAUAUCGAGUGUCACACCACCGUGCUGGCGCCUCACGGCUAUCGACUGGUCGUUGACUUCGAUGAACUCAUCCUUGAGGACGAACGCUUGGAACAUGUGGCUGGCCUGAUGCAGCAUUAUGUGAUCUCGGGGACAAAAGUGGCCGCCACAUUUAAACCUGGAGCUGGACUGCUUGAUGUAUCAGACAGUCCUCAACCUCCAGCCAGAAGCUGCUAUGUGAUAACCUCUGGUACCAGCGACAUCUCACGUGGAAACUGCCAGAUCAUCUUCGUGGAGCUGAUCUCCGUCAUUGACUCAACAAUACCUUCACAGACAUCACUUACCCUUCAAUCAUCCCAUCAACCAGCAGACCACCCUCAUCAACUUUUACAUCGAAAAAGUGCCGGAGAUAUGAGAAUCUUCCAGCAUGAUCCUGUUAAACGUUGUGUUAUGUCCUCAGCUAAUGCAGAGUGUGGUGAUGACAGACUCCAGAUGUUCAACAGCUCCUGCUAUCUCUUCGUUAGCUACCCGGAGGUUACCUGGCAGACUGCCCAGCAGAUAUGCAAGGGGCUUAAGGCGGACCUGGCAAGUAUCCACAGUCCGGAUGAAGAACGCUUUAUCAUCGCCAAGAUCCGAGCGUCCCGAGAGUACACCACGAACGCCAUCUACUGGCUGGGCGCGCAACAGGACGCCCUGGAUAACUGGUACUGGGCAGACACCACCCCGAUGACCUACACCGCGUGGCUGUCAGCUGACAACGGUGCUCGAGGGACUCUGAAUUGUCUUAGUCUCCAGUGGAUGUCUUCGCCUUCUCGCAUGCUCCCCAGCAGCCUUUACUGGCAACCCCAGUUGUGUGCCAACGUCGGCGGCUACAUCUGCAAGAAGGAAAGUCAAGGCGUGGUAAAAGAACUGAAUCUGAAUGCAACAGUGAACGACACCGAGGGACGCCUUACCUCCCCCCGCUUCCCUGCCCCCUACCACCACAACUUAGACUACUGGGUGAAACUGGUGGCUCCGGAACUGACUAGGGUAGUUAUCCACUUCUCCAGGCUGGACCUGGAACCCCAGCCGCAGUGCCUUUACGAUUACCUAGAGCUAGAAGACCUCCGGAGUCGCAACAACCCUCCCAGAAAACGUAGAUUCUGCGGGUACCAGGAACCUUCUUCCCUUGAAAGACUCAACUUCGUAUCCGAGAGCAACGAAGUGGUGGUCCAUUUCCAUUCUGACUACUCCGUGUCCGCCAGCGGGUUCGCCUUGUCCUGGCAUUCUGUGGAUGUCUCAGGAUGUCCCCUGCACACUCUCACUGCCAAGGAGGGGCUUCUUGUCAGCCCCAACUAUCCCCACUUCCUUCUGGACCAUCUGGACUGUUCUACUACCAUUAUGGCACCAGGAGGCAAAAGGGUGUGGCUCCAGAUCACGGACUUCGACCUGGAGGCUCCAGACUCCAGCCUGGAGGUGAGCCUCGGUGAUGGCACUCAGCUGGUCACUCCGUUCCGUGCACGUCCGCACCUGUCAGACGGUGUGUUUGUGUCCGUGGGCGAGCGUAUACAGUUGCGACUGAAGACAGGCGACAGUCCUCGCGGCAAGGGCUACAGAGCAGUCUACAAGUCAGUACAAAGUGUGGUGGAUCAGCGGAUUAUAGUACUUAGCAACAUCAGCUCAGGCUACCUGCUCCACGUGAACUACCCUCACCCCCCUCCAACAAGCCUGGACUUCACGGACCGCCUGGUCGCCCCUCUCGGCAAGUCCAUACAUCUACAGUUCUUCAGAGCAGAACCUACUUUUUUAGAGGACGAGGACGGCAGGGGCAUCUGCCCGGACAACAGGGGCGUGAUCGAGGUACGUGACAACUACGCCGACAGCAACGGUACCUGGUGGAGACUGUGCGAGACUGCGAGGGAGGUUCCACCGCUAGCCAUUACCUCGUAUCUCAACAGCCUGCAUGUGCGCCAGCUCAAUAAUGCUGUGGCAGGCGCCGGCGUACACCUCAAUGUCUCCGUCGUCCUCAGAACUGAUGUGAACUACAAGGCCAAGUUACUCCAAGGUUCUGCUGAGAGCUCAGUUGAAUCCUGCCAUCCCAAUCCUUGUCUCAACGGCGGGAAGUGUGUCAGUAGCAGCAGCAAGAAGUCCUGUCAAUGUGUUGGAUACUUUCAUGUGAACUACAAGGCCAAGUUACUCCAAGGUUCUGCUGAGAGCUCAGUUGAAUCCUGCCAUCCCAAUCCUUGUCUCAACGGCGGGAAGUGUGUCAGUAGCAGCAGCAAGAAGUCCUAUGUGAACUACAAGGCCAAGUUACUCCAAGGUUCUGCUGAGAGCUCAGUUGAAUCCUGCCAUCCCAAUCCUUGUCUCAACGGCGGGAAGUGUGUCAGUAGCAGCAGCAAGAAGUCCUAUGUGAACUACAAGGCCAAGUUACUCCAAGGUUCUGCUGAGAGCUCAGUUGAAUCCUGCCAUCCCAAUCCUUGUCUCAACGGCGGGAAGUGUGUCAGUAGCAGCAGCAAGAAGUCCUGUCAAUGUCAGCAGCAAGAAGUCCUGUCAAUGUGUUGGAUACUUUCUGACUCUAUAAUACUUGUAACUUCUAAAACUUGUGUAGAUGUGAACUACAAGGCCAAGUUACUCCAAGGUUCUGCUGAGAGCUCAGUUGAAUCCUGCCAUCCCAAUCCUUGUCUCAACGGCGGGAAGUGUGUCAGUAGCAGCAGCAAGAAGUCCUGUCAAUGUGUUGGAUACUUUACCGGGAUGUUUUGUGCGUUGACCCUGUGCGAGCUGGACCCUUGCCUGUUCGGCCGCUGUGAGCUGACAGCCACGGGGUUCCGCUGUCAUUGUAACCGAGGCUACGAGGGCGAGGCCUGCGACACGAGGCAGCAUCCUUGUGCCCACAAUCCCUGUGAGGGCAGGGGCGACUGUGUGGAGAGUCCUGACUCGAGUUUCCACUGCCGCUGUCACGCGUGGUGGGAGGGUAAGAGAUGCGAGAGACGCAUGAUGCACAUCCCGUACAAGCCACUGUCCCAGCGCAUGCUCCAGGAACCCUUCUGGCUGGGCCUGAUCACGGUCACGGUAGUACUAGGAGUCCUCGGGCUCUUCUGGUGCGCCAAGCGCCACUUCCCGGAGAAACUGGAGAAGCUCCUGGCUGAGGAGGCCGACCGCAACCGCCACUGUCACCUGUCCGGAAGAUCGGCCUCUAUGAGAGAGCAACUGCCCGGAUCACUCUACACCUCUCACCCGGCCCCGAUCUCCGCCCCCGCCUCUACCGGUCCGCCCCGCACUCUCUUCUCACGCCUCGGUAUCCGUAAACCCUCUCUGCUGAGUCUCGCCAGCCCUCUGGUGCCUCCCGCCCAUACUGCCAGAACCUUUAGUUUGGACGAUUUGCUUAAGCCACCUGCGAGAAGGUCUCCCUCGCCAAGGAAGAAGCGUGUGAAUUCUACACCGAUCAAGAAGAAUGUCGCUGCAGUCGAGAAAAAGAUGAUUUUACAACACUUAGUUGCCCCGGCAGUUCGCCAAUCAUCGACUGAGAGUGUUAUGAUGACUGGGGUAGAUGCAGAGGGUGACAUCAAGAUUGACGUCGAUUCUGCUGAGACCUCCUUUACUCUUGACCCAUCUGUUGUGGCUGCCGCUGCUGCUGCUGCGAGGACGCAAGAACUGAAGCAGGAGAAGAAGGUAACGUUCGCACGUCUCCUGGACAAAGUGUCGUCAGAGAUGUCAUCAGGGUCGGAGCUGGAGGGUGCAAACAUCACGGUGCAGCCUCCUAGUCCUCCGAAGGAGCUCAAGUCACCCAACAGCACGAGCAGCAACCAGGGCAGUGACUCCUUGUCCAGCUCGGACAUGGCGCUCUCUGUGCCUUCAGGUGAGUUUGCCAAGCGGCCGGAGAGGCUGGUCCUAGGACAGAAGAAAGCGAACUCUGCGGACUCCAUACUUGCGAUGUUCCGGAAUUUCACGGCAGUCAGUGCGGUGACUGGUGCAGGGUUGGAGGUGGCUUCACCCUCCACCACCCCCACUGCCUCCUCGCCGCAGGACGAUGUGGCAGGAUCCGAUGACUCCUCCACUCCUCCAGUCUCCAGCUCCAGUGGACCACCAGACUCUCCGCCGAUGUUCACCAGGAAAAACACCAUCCAGGUGUCAGUGCUCGACCCUCUUAGCGCACAGAAGAACGCCCUCCACUACUCCGGGGGUAGCAACCUCCUCCACCCUCCUACCAUCCUGCUGGAGGUCCCCAACAAGUGUCUGUCCCCAAUCAAGGAGAUGCCGACCCCCUCUCCCUCCCCUGCACUCACCCCCGUCAUGCCACGCCACCAUCAGAAUAUUCCUCUCUUCCACUGCAAGCCUGAGAAAAUAGACGUACCAGUGAGUGCUGUGACCAGUUCUCUUGUGAUACCGACUCUGACUAUACAGCAGCCAUCACCCACUCGACCUUCUCCACCUUCUCUAUUGUUCCCUGGCUCACCCCCGCCCCACAAGGAGCCUCUGUUCCCCCACAGAAGCAAGUUGCUCAAGGACUUGGACAAGCCGACGUCGCUAGAACUACCCGUACCUCCUCCUCUCAUCACUGUCACGUGCAGCAUGAGUGAGGUGGAGUCCGACGCAGAGUCCCCGGCGACCAAAUCCGGAGUGAACAGUUCCGGAGGGAUGUGCUACCUGAGCCCCUUCUCGAUGUGCACUCGUGCGGACAGAACUACUUCUGAGUCCAACCUGAGUUCUUCAGGGUACAGUUCGAUGGCCAGCCCGGGCCCGUCGCGAUGCGGCUCGAACAAUCCCCUCUGUUCUGACGUGGAUGAUUCCCACCAGUCGAAGAAACCGUCCUGCCUAUUGAGGACCUCCAGAACGGAAGAUAAGUCUAAACUUGUAGGGUGCCUUAGAGGAAGGUCCGAUUCGGAAACCCUUUCGGACGAUCCUCAGAUCGAGUCUAAUGACGAGGGUUUCGGUACUGAUCACCUCGACGAGAAAAUCGAAGACGGGGAACUGAAGAGUGCUAAAGAACUCGAGGUGUUCAUCGGCAUGGAAAUGGUGGAGUCCGGGAAAAAACUGAUCGGUCUGCCCACUUCCCCCGGGCCGAAACUGAAGCACUGCAGUAGUUUCGAAUCAAAUUUGGAACAGAAAGCGGCCGUGAGAAGUGUAAAGCCUUGUGCAAGUGUAGAAGCAGGCUUGGACUGUUAUCGGUUAGCACCACCUCCCAACGACGUCUGUAAGAUCUCACUGCAAUUGCCUUCGAUAGUGGUCAACCCAGACCCUAGUGGGAUAGACAUCCACUGCAGUCCCGUCAGCUCCAGGAGUGAAAGUCCUCUCAGCGACAAGACCGGAGGAAUGGGGAGAUUCUCUCCUAUGUUCUAUGGAAGACUUACCGACUCCGACGGUCUCUACGAUUGUGCCAGCUCUGAUUGCUGCAAGAUGGCAGCUAACAGAAAGCCCUCCUGCAGGAGAAGAGAAAGAAGAAGAAGCAAGUCUCCUGGAAAGAUGAAGGAAGUCAAGGACGGGAAGGAGACGUCAAUGCCGACUCAGACGUUACUCGACGUUCCAGGAAAGUCGGAUCCGUUCUGUCGCCACAACACUCGCAACAAGCCCAGCCCCAAGAGGAGAGUGCGAACACACUCUCAGGUGGCUUCAUCAACCUCUUCAUCAUCCACUGAGAGCAUCAACUCUGUCGGGGAUUUGGGACAGUCAAGAACGACUACAGACAAUGCUCGUAGCCCUGACCGGAAUUGGGACAAAGUAGAGGCUGCUUGGGCCGCUGACUCAGACAAAGUUCCUUCCAACGAAGCGUCCGGAGAAGAUACAGGAGAGGAAGCCACAGUGACAACACAGAUGCUGCCUAAACCCAAUCGUAAAGUCAGCCGCAUGAGAACGAUCAGUCAUCAGAUAAGGUUUCUGCGAAGGCUGGAGCAAAGCAUUCGACGUGGGGACUGUUACGAGCCCUCGGACUCCUCAGAAUUGGAGCCCCUGAAGAGGUCACACAGUGGAGGAAGGCUGUCACGUCUUCGCGCGACUCUGAGCGACGAACCUCUCCUCACACAGGAGGACCGCGCGUGGCGGCGCAUCCACAUCAUCCGCAGUGGUUACACCGACUGAACACAUCUCACCAACAUCCACUGAACAUGUUCAUUUAAUUGGGGAUCAAUUUUUCUUAACAUAAAGCACCCCAAAUGAAGGAAAACUGUGCAAAUUGCAUUUUUAAACACAGUACGGUACAUUGAUUUUCUUUAACAUUUCCAUGUCAGAAUUUUAGUAUUUUUUUAUCAGAAACAAAUUUUAAAAUAAUUGAGUUAUUCAACAUGAAAUAAAAUCUUGUUCUAUAUUAUCAAUAGGUUUGAUACUAAAUCAAAUACAGUUUAACUGUGAUUGGCAUGUGUUCUGGACUGAUGUGUAUAGAGACAAGCAGAAAGCGAAGGAGGAGGUUGAUGUAGAGGAAAUAAAAAGAUAGCAAAUUGUUUGACCCUAUCUAUCUAUUGGGACACUUAUUAACAACAUACCUUUGUCUAUGUGCACCUUAAGACAAUCUUGAGAUAAAUUGUUUUCGUUUUUUUAUUUUACAAAACAACAUUUCAGUUUUUUUUUUGACAAAACAUCUUGUACAAAAUUAUCAGGAUUACAGACAUUUGCCAAGUUAAUAAUUACAAAAUAACAGUGUAUGAUCUUUCAAAAACUACUAUCGGCUCUUAGAAUUAUAGAUUAUAGCUGGAAGCGUAUAAGUUGAAUGAUCAAGAAAGAUAAUAAAUUCAAAUGACACACUUGUGUGUCAAAUCAUUUCUAAAAUUUAAAAAGGAAGAAACAAAACAAUGUUGUAUGUUGCUUUGACAGCUGCAAUUUGUUUCAUCUUUACUUUAUAUCUGGAUUAUGAUUUAGGGUUUGACAUGAUGCUUGAUGCAAUGUUAAUUAGUCUAAUUUUGAGGCUGACCGAAUGCAAUGGUAUGGCACUUCACUUUAUUUAUGUAGUGCAUGGGUAUGCCCUAUAAGAAAACAAACAUAUUUACUAAAGCAAUGCUGUGUCACUGUUGAUCGAGGUUAAGUAAAUCAUGUGUUAAGGAACACAUAAAAGGUAUUGAUCAUCUGGUAUAAAGGAAGAAAAUUAAAUAUUAAUAUAUAUUUGCUUGUGAGGAUCUACAAGUGAAAUGUAUUUUACAUUGGUUGUCUGGUCCACAAAAUAAUAUUGUUGACUUAGGUUUAGGACGUUAAAUAUUUGGUCGAGUUCCGUUAUUUCACCCCAUGUUUUUAAAUCGCUACUAUAGCCACGGAAUUGAUUGUUUGAGGU